AUGGCUUCUGCUAUUCAUGCCAAUGCCAUCGGAGAGAUCAACACCGCCAUCGAUAAGGCGUUGGAUCAUAUAGGACAUCUCGAUCAUGUCAAACGUUUCCAUGGUGCCCUGAUCCGUGGUGCAGAUGAGAACAAUCAUGGCAAAGGCAAAAUUGGAGACCACGGCUGGGGGCUUCAUACCCCGCCGGCCGGCUAUCCCGACAAGCCAACCGUCACCUCAGAAGUCGGCUACUCAGAGUCAGAGAAGAAGCUGGAAUCUGACGUGUCGUUCUGGCUGAACCCCGACCAAGGGUGUGCUAAUGUAACACUAACACUUCGGAUCGAUAAAAAAAAGCCCGCUCUGACACUGAACAACUGGCAAAAGGCCGACAACCGCGUCACCAGAAAUUCUACACACCACAGAGGGAUCGAGGAAAAACAGAGCAUUAUGAUGACAAGGGGUGAUAAUGGACAGGUCGUACUCAGCGGUCACCCUCUAGUGAUCCCAUUCGAGUUGUUUUUCCGACGGCAGCCGAUUGGUAACCAGGAGAGGGAUCUUGAAAUUACAAAAGAGCGCCUUACAAUCAUGGCGCAGAAUAUAUGGUUGUCUCAAGGAUUUUGA